AUGGAAACAGCCGCAUUACCAGAGCCUCCUCACAGCUUGAGAGAGCCAGGUGCCUCAAAUCACCUGACACGCUCCGAAACUCGACGGACGCUGACCGACUUGGGCUUGACGGAGGUGGUGCCCCCCGUCGACAUUAACUAUCCUGAUAUCGGACGAGAGACCGACCCAGUCUUCCCAGAAGAAUACACUCUCGAGACCGCAACCGGUUUCGUACCUGAAGCAGCUUUGGAACAGAUCCGAUCAAGAGCUUCUGUAGUAGCUUCACAACAUGAGGGCAGCAGUCCCGAGAGUAGCAGGCACGACCUCGAUCUGGAAAAGGCAUCGCAGCCAUAUGAAUUCGUCACGUUCACUUUCGCAGAUGUAGAAAAUCCGCAGAACUGGUCGACACCCUACCGAUGGUAUGUGACUAUCAUCGCUUCCAUGCUCAUCUUCUGUGUUGCAUUUGGAUCUUCAAUAGUUACUGGUGGUCUUGGUUUGAUUGAGGAGAAAUACAACGUGUCGCUCGAAGUUGCCAUCCUCACUUGCUCCAUCAUGGUCUGCGGUUUCGCUGUUGGCCCUCUUCUUUGGUCUCCACUCUCUGAAAUCUGGGGUCGACGACCGAUAUACAUCAUCUCGUUGUCACUGUAUGUCAUCUUCAACAUCCCUUGCGCACUUUCUCCAAACAUUGGCGGCCUCCUCGUUUGCAGAUUCUUGUGUGGAGUUUUCGCUAGCUCGGUUCUGUCUUUGGCCGGUGGAACCAUUGCGGACAUCUGGAACAUCAAAGAGCGUGGUAUGGCCAUUGCCUACUUCGCAGCUGCUCCGUACUGUGGCCCUGUGCUUGGCCCGAUAGUCUGCGGUUGGAUAAGUGUGGCCACUCAUCGUUUGGACUUAUUCUUCUGGGUCAACAUGGCUUUCGCAGGUGUUAUCUUGAUUGUUGUCGCCAUGAUACCCGAAACCUACGCUCCAGUGAUCUUGAAGAGGCGUGCAGCUAAACUCCGAGUCGAGAUGGAUAAUCCCAAUAUCAUUACUGAGCAAGAAAAAGUCAAACUGACUCUCGGUGAGAUCAUUCGGACUAGCUUGCUCCGACCAGUCAUUAUGAUGCUCACCGAACCAGUCCUCGACCUUAUGUGCCUGUACAUUGUGCUUAUCUACUCGAUGCUUUACGCUUUCUUCUUUGCAUAUCCCAUCAUCUUUGGAGAACUCUACGAUUACAACGACGGCCAGAUCGGUCUAAUGUUCAUUCCAAUUCUGAUCGGAGCUGGGUUUGCACUCAUUGCGACCCCUUUCAUCGAGAAGCAGUUUAGAAAAACAUGCGAGGUUCGAUCUCCAACUCCAGAAGACAGACUCAUAGGCGCUUUGAUUGGAUGCAUUUUUAUCCCGAUAUCGUUUUUUAUCCUGGGAGCCACCUCUUACAAAUCCAUCAUUUGGGUUGGUCCCGCAUCAUCUGGUAUUGCGUUUGGUUUUGGAAUGGUUCUGUGCUAUUGCUCUGUCAACAACUACAUCAUCGACUCCUACCAGAAGUUCGCUGCUUCGGCUUUGGCCGCUAAGGUCUUUUUACGAUCUGGUGGGGGUACUGCAUUUCCUUUGUUCAUCACGCAGAUGUAUGGCAGACUAGGUCUUCAGUGGGCCUCUUGGUUACUGGCCUUCAUCGGUCUGGGAAUGGUCUUGAUUCCUUACGUGUUCUACAUCUUUGGCGCCAGAAUUCGUUCAAAGCUUAACAGGAAGUAA